GAGAGAUACAGGAAGAAAGGAUUAAAAAGAGUUCAUAUUUGUCGACUUUAGUGACAUUUUGUGACCUUAAAUGUUUUCUUCAAACGUUUAGCUCGUCCGGAUUAUCAGGAGUUGCCAGUAACAAAAUGCGACGCUCAGGAGCUCCCAGCCAGCUCCUGGGUAAUGCUGUGAAAAAACCUCGGUUUGUGCCUCCUGGAGCAUCAACUUCAAGUCUCCUGGCUGAAUCCAAGCCCCUCACCCCUAAACUUGGUUUAGGCAAUGCACUGGAAAAGGUCCAGAGAAGUUUAGCAGCACCAGCUUCGAGUAAAACAGAGUAUGAUGUCCAGCCCAAAGCUGCCCAGCCUGCUCCGGCCUUGUCAAGGGCUCUGGCUCGUGUUCUCAGUGCAGCAGAGAGUAAGGAAAAUGAGGCUAAGACAGAACAUCACAACAAUGGCUCCGAAGAGGAGACAGAAGACAACAGACCAGCAGGAGCGAACGGUUACCCUCCUCAAACCCCGCAGCCUCCAGCGGGGUCCGUCUGUGUUUCUGGGGCUGCAGGCUCAAACUGCAGUCAGGACGGAGUGCGUUACUUCAGUGUGAUGUGGUGUAAAGCCAGCAGUAGGAAGCACAAGCGGUGGGAGGGCGAUGCGGUCCUGGUUACAAGAGGACGCACAGUCACACUGAAAGACAUGGAGGGAAAAGACAUUGGCAAAGGAAGUGGCUACAAGGUGUCCACGCUGGCCUCCCUGUCCGAGGGAGAGACCCUGAUGAUCGGAGGGAAGGAGGUGGAGGUGAUGGGGGUCAUUUCUGCUGAGGACUUCGCCCGGGGACGUUGCUUUCAAGAGGUCCAGGUAGAGAAAGAAGAGCCACUCACAAAGUCUGCUCCACCUCCCCCUCGUCGCUUUGCGUCCAAACCUUUCUGCCCCCCGACGCUGCUGGGGAGAGCUGAUCAUCCAGGGGCCAAAUCAGAGGAGGAGCAAACCUGCAGACCUCGCCAUGACCCACUGGCUCCAGGUGCACUGGUGAUGCCUCGUCCCUCUGCAAACCACCAGUGGUCAAACAACAAGUCGGGGCUUCCUGUCGUUGAUGUCGUCGUCGACCCGUUCCUAACUAAUCACCUGCGACCCCACCAGAGAGACGGCCUGCUCUUCCUCUAUGAGUGUGUCAUGGGCAUGAGAGCUGUGGGUCGCCACGGGGCCAUCCUGGCUGACGAGAUGGGUCUGGGUAAAACCCUCCAGAGCGUGGCACUGUCCUGGACGCUGCUUAAACAAGGACCUUAUGGUGGGAAACCAGUCGCUAAGCGUGUCCUCGUGGUCACGCCUGGCAGCCUCGUGCACAACUGGGGUGCAGAGUUUAACAAGUGGUUGGGCCGUGAGAGGAUCAGCGUUUUCACUGUAGAUCAGGACCACAGGAUAGAGCAGUUUGUGUUAUCCCCUCUGCACAGCGUUCUCGUGAUCAGCUACGAAAUGCUGCUGCGCUGCCUGGAGCAGGUGCACAAAGUGGAGUUUGGUCUUAUAAUUUGCGAUGAGGGCCACAGAUUAAAGAACAGCAGCAUCAAAACGUCCUCGGCCCUCAGCAGCCUGAGCUGCACCCGCAGAGUCAUACUAACAGGCACCCCGGUUCAGAACGACCUGCAGGAGUUCUAUGCUAUUAUAGAGUUUGUUAAUCCGGGGAUUCUCGGCUCAUCUACCGCGUACAGGAAAGUGUAUGAAGAGCCGAUUUUACGCUCCAGACAGCCCUCCUGCACAGAGGAGGAGAGCGUUUUGGGAGAAGAGCGUGCAGCGGAGCUCUCUCGCCUGACUGGCAUGUUCAUCCUGAGACGGACACAGGAGAUUAUCAACCGCUACCUGCCUCCUCGUCUCGACUGGACAUUGUUCUGUGAGCCGUCUCCUCUGCAGCGAGAGUUGUACAAGCAUCUCCUUUGCCACAGAGUCUUCAGGGCCUGCCUGCAGGGCUCAGUGCAAACUCACACACACCUGGCCUGCAUCACUGCACUGAAGAAGCUCUGUAACCACCCGGGUCUGCUCCACUCCACUGUCAAGGAAAGAACCGACAGUGGUUCAGUGGAGAGCACUUUAUACGAGGGCCUGGCUGAGCUCUUCCCAGAAUCCUACUCUUCAGGUGGAUUCAACACAGCUGACUCUGGAAAACUUCUGGUUCUGUCAGACCUGCUGGCUACUAUCAGACAAAUCAGCCCUUCAGACAGGGUGGUUGUCGUGUCCAACUACACUCAGACACUUGACUUGCUCCAGGACUUGUGUGUACACUUUGGUUACACCUUCUGCCGACUUGACGGACACACCCCCACCAGCCAGAGACAGCGGCUGGUGGAUGGUUUUAACAGUUCCUACUCUCAGAACUUUCUGUUUCUGCUGAGCUCCAAAGCAGGCGGAGUGGGGCUCAACCUGGUGGGCGCUUCCCACCUGGUGCUGUACGAUAUCGACUGGAACCCUGCCAAUGACAUUCAGGCAAUGGCUCGAGUGUGGCGAGAUGGACAGAAGAAGACUGUCCACAUCUAUCGUCUCCUCACAGCAGGCACUAUUGAGGAGCGCAUAUUCCAGAGACAGGUGUCCAAACAGGGGCUCUCUGGGACAGUGGUUGACCUGGGCAAAAAAGCUGAGCACACCAGCUUCUCCACCAGUGAACUGCGAGAUCUUUUUAGCCUGACAGACACACUCUGUCUAACACACGACCUGCUGAACUGCAGCUGCAGCAUGGACGGCUCAGGCCAGGCUGUCGUGGAGGAAGAGGAGCAGGUCUCUGAUAGGCCGUGCCAGCUCGGUCGUCAGGGCGACCGUGGAGGGGUGCAGCAGAAACAUCGCAGCAUGUCCGAGCUGAUGCAGUGGAGGCAUUUCUCUGGUGACACACACUCCUUCUCAGACCCUUAUAUUGAUCACGCACGAAACCACAUCACCUUCGCCUUCCAGACCACCAUUUCCCACACAGCUCUGUAAACAAACGUAGAUUACUCUCUGGAUAAAGAUGACUCACACUCACAUAUACGUCUUCUCCUUUUACAUGUUUGUCUUCAGGCUGUCUGGGCUUCCUCAGCAGCCUGACUACAACACAUGACGGCAAUAAGUUAAUUUUGUGAGAUUAUUUGUCAUGUCUUUAACAUUUUCUUUAUUUAUUUAAAGAAAUUUAUGGUUUAACUUCAUGAAAUAAAUGAAAUUCAAAAGUAAUCUGUGCAAUAAAUAGGCUUUUAAGGGGUUUAACAUCUUUUAUCAACUGAAAAAUUCCCCCUGGGAAAAGCAGAGCAUUGAAGAGGCCUUGUUUACACCUGUUAUUAACAUUGUCCUGGUUGAGGUGAACAAGUUCAAGUUUGUAUUUUUUGUUUGAAAUUGUUGCACCUUGUGCCAAUCACAGUCACGCACAGAUUUAGAAACUUUUUUCCGUCAUUCAAGUUUGGCUACAAGUUCAGUUUUUGCAUUUUUUCCACAUCUGUCAAAAGCCUACAGAGAGUUGUUUGACCCAAAAGUGGUGAGGAAAAUGUGACAUAACCUGCAGGACAAAAGAGAGAACCAGGGCGUACAGUAUCUUUUCAUGUCUCAGGUGGCCUAUUUUCAACAGGUCAGAUAGUAUUCAGGUGGAUGAUGAUGAUGAUGAUGACGACAAGGAGAGUGUAGUGCAGAGUAAGGACCGGCACACAGAGAGAGUUUGAGAGCGUGAGUAUGGAGAAAGAGAGAGCUCAACUUCUUCAGGUUGCCCUGGUGCCAAAUGUAAGACACAGAAGGAGGGUGGUGACAGCCAGGGAGGUAACUUCAGGUAGCACGUGAAUUUUGGCCAUGAAAAGAAAAAUAAAACUCAUUGGAUUCAGCGUACAAGUUUUUUUGUGCGCAACAGUUUUUAUCAGUUGGCAGAUUUAAAAAUCUCAUAUGAAAAGUUUGGACUUGGUGUGCAAAGGUCUUUGAGUUUUUCUGUUCAUGGGGUUCAAUUCCAGGCCACGGCCCUUUGCUGCGUGUCAUCCCCUCAGUUUUACCCUAUCACACGAAAGUUAUUCUGUCAAAUAAAGGCAAAAUGACAAGAUAUUAAUAAAAAAAAAAUAUAUAAAAAAGUUUGUCUUUUCAGCCCUGGUAUUAGAAACGAGAAGUGUCCUGAGUGACCACUUCUGAUUAAAUCUCACUUUCCCUCUCUGUACAAUAAAUGAACACAUACAUUAGUAACAUUGGCAAAGACUGAAUGUUUUGUUGAAUUUAACUCAUUUAACCAUCAGAGAGUUUGUUGCACCCACACUUUCAGCUGUUAAUAUUUAAAAUGGGUGAAAUAUUGCGUCAGUGUAAAGCUGUGAACAGCGCUUUGAUUGCCUCAGACACUCCUUGCCCCACUUGUUCUCCUCUUUUUUCACCAUGAGACAAUUGCACCCCCUGCCAGGCGACUUCUGCUGUGGGAGUGUGAGCUUUGUGCUUGGGACAGCUGGUUAAAGUCCUCCCACACGCACAGUCAGGGCUAUCUGUUAGCAUCGAAAUUAACGAUUAUUAAUGGGGUUAAUGACAGAGGCGAGCUGUUUCGAUGUCGCCUUGAGUUUGUCGGGUCAUUUAACAGCUGCUGCUGUAUUAGCUUGUACUCACUGGACA